AUGGCAUAUCCAGGUCCUAACCUGGAUUCUAUCUCGCAUUCACCACCGGAUGCUGCCAUUCAAUGCACCGAGUCUACCCGCAGCCUGGCUGACACUGAGUCGAAGACAAAGAAGCUUUACAAUGUUGUCGAAACCACUGAAAAGAACCCACGACAGAGUCGUGAUGACUCGAUUGGUGGAGGGUGUAUGGAGCCAACUUACGACCACACCCACCGCAGGCUGAAACCCCGCCAUAUUCAACUAAUCGGCAUUGGUGGUACGAUUGGUACGGCGCUUUAUGUCCAGAUCGGCUCCGGUCUACGCACCAGUGGCCCUGCGAGUCUGUUUCUCGGGUUCAGUAUCUGGUGUGCGGUGAUCUUGAUUAUAACCGUUUGCCUCGCAGAGAUGGUUACUUAUCUUCCCAUUUCCUCCCCGUUCAUUCGAUUUGCCGGCCGCUAUGUUGAUGAAGCACUCGGCGUGGCCGCCGGAUACAACUUUUUCAUCUUCGAGGCUGCUCUCGUGCCCUUUGAGAUUGUUGCGGUCAGCUUGAUCAUCAAAUACUGGACUAGUGUGAUACCAGUAGCCGCAAUGAACGUCAUUGUUCUUGUUCUCUAUGCUGUACUCAACGUCUUCGCUGUAAAGUGGUACGGAGAAGCUGAGUUUUGGCUAUCCCUUGGCAAGGUCCUUCUCAGCACCGGUCUCAUAUUUUACACCUUUAUCGUGAUGCUGGGUGGGAAUCCACUCGGCGACCGUUUUGGUUUCAGAUACUGGAACGAACCAGGUGCAUUCGCGGAAUACUACAAGACUGGAGAUACGGGCAAGUUCCUUGCCUUCUUGUCUGCGCUUAUCACGGCCAGUUUUACGAUUGCGGGCCCUGAUUAUGUGUCUAUGGCUGCUGGCGAGACAAUCAACCCCCGCGUCGUAUUACCCAAGGCCUUCAAUGGCGUCUUCUAUCGUCUCACGGCCUUUUUCGUUCUCGGCGUCCUCUGUGUGGGGAUUUUGGUCCCGUACAAUGACAAGACCAUGGCUGCGGCUUUUGACAACGACAAGCCCGGCGCUGCGGCUUCGCCCUAUGUCAUAUCCAUGGACCGGCUGCAUAUCCCCAUCCUACCUCAUAUUGUCAAUGCUGUUGUUCUGACGGCUUCUUUCAGUGCAGGUAAUAGCUAUGUCUACUGUGCCAGCCGUAGCUUGUACGGUCUUGCGUUAGAAAGAAAAGCACCCCGGUUUCUGACCAAGUGUACCGCGCAAGGCGUGCCCAUUUACUGUGUUGGUGUUGUCCUCCUGAUUGCCCUGCUCAGCUUCUUGCAGGUGUCAAAUGGUGCUUCGGUUGUACUCAGUUGGUUUGUCAAUCUUGUUACUGCCUCCCAGCUAAUCAACUUCUCCGUCGUGACCUUUACAUAUAUCCGCUUCAAGAAAGCGCUCGAUGUGCAAGGGAUCUCCCGCGACACUUUACCAUACAAGAGUUGGUUCCAACCUUACAUUGCUUACGUCGCCUGUGCCUCCACGACGGUCAUGGCUUUUGUCGGUGGCUACACGGUUUUCUUACCUGGCAAAUGGUCCAUUCCUACUUUCCUCUUCUCCUACACCAUGAUCGGUGUCUUUCCCGUUCUCUAUUUUGGAUGGAAGUUCUCCCACAGAACGAAAUUCUUGAAACCCGACGAGGUUGAUCUUGUCAGCGGCCUGGCGGAAAUUGACGAGUAUGAGAGGGAGUAUGUGCCCUCGCCUCCCAAGAGCACUCUUCACAAGUACGUCAACAAACUUUUCGACUGA